GCUUUGGUAAUGAAAAGCGUUUCCAUCUUCUUGUCGAGCGGACGCAAGGUUUCAGUAAACUCGAAAAAGCCCGCCGGUGAACAGGUUCAGAAGCGUAGGCGCAGAAAGUUGACCGACGAGGCGAGCAUGAAAGCUUACCAUGCAAAAGUUGUCGAGGCUCUGAAGAAGAAGACGCGAUUUUCUCGCCCCGAGCUCGAGGCGCUUUGCAAAAUUUACCGGAAAAUCACGACCAUGCCAGCGACCAAAAUCGGGACAACUUUAUUUACCAAAGGCGCGCCGCAGACCAUCCAGACAGUCGAGGGCAUCGAUAGAACGAUUUUUCGCGAACUGUUGCACAACACUUUCGAUAUUAUCACCGAGGAUGCAUUGAUUGAGCGAAUGUUCUGCUGUUGGGAUCGUGACAGCGAAGGCGCAAUCAGACUCGAAUCCUGGAUCAUGGGUUUGGAUGUUUUUGUUCGAGGAACUUUGAGAGAUAAAAUGGAGUUUUGUUUCCGAGUCUAUGAUUUGAAUGGCGAUGGUUUUAUUACUAAGGAUGAAAUGUUUCUAUUACUCAAGAACUGCCUGAUAAAGCAGCCGGGCGAAGAAGAUCCAGACGAAGGAGUGAGAGAUUUAUCAGAACUGAUUCUCAAGAAACUCGACGUGGAUCAUGACGGAAAAGUCUCUUUCAGCGACUACGAGACUGUGAUCAAAGAAGAGCCAUUGUUAUUAGAAGCAUUCGGCCAGUGCUUACCUACAGAGGAAAGUUGCUCGGCUUUUCUAACGACGCUGCAGCCAUAAAAAAAAUAUAAAUAAUUAUUACAUGGAUUUGUUAUUACAAAAUUAAUUAAUAUCACGUGACAA